AUGACACGAGUAGCUAAUCGUGGCUCUUCCGAGCCAGUCGAGAACAAGGCCUUCGAGAACAAGGCCUUCAAGUUGUCUGAUGAUGAGGCCGAUAAUCUACCCCCUUCAUCUUUGAUCGCACCAGAUCCAUCUCAAGCCUUGCCCACCUCUUCUAAGGCAAGGGCUAAAUGUCGCAUUGCUGCCUUAGAAGACGAGCUAGAGAUGAUGAGGCAAGAGAGAGGAGGCAAACAGCGGAAGACAACCUUCUACGUCGCACAGGGCAGAGCAAUUCAUCAACUCGUUAUUCUUUACAAUAGUUUGGAAGACUUAAUUGCUGAGAACAACCGUAGAUACGAGUUCCACGCAUCAUUGGAAUUAACCGUGGAACAAAAUCGCUUACAACAUGGCUAUAUUGAACUCGCAUGGGUGCUACCAUUGGUGCAUGUGAAGCUUGGCGACCUUGACUAUGAAGAAUCGCUUGAGAAAGGAGCGGAUGCGGCUCGCGGUGACGAUACCUCCAGUCUCAAGGAGCUCGUCGCCGCCUGGGUUAACCAAGAGUUUCAUCCAUCUCCUCUUAUCAAGCCAAACGACAAACAUUCGCGUGGCUUCACAAGUGAUGUCUGUGGGAAGCUACUCUGCCCUGCUGAGUGGGAUUGGGAUCAAAGCAUUGUCAGAGCUGGCAUUCGCGACAGAACAUCGGAAUAUAUUGUAUCUGAAAAUUCUUGGCCUUUGCUCGUUUACGAGAACUAUUGGGUUAAUAAGGACGACCUUGAGGAAGGUUUUCUCAAAUUGAAGCUUCUCAUCCUUGCCUUCAAAGCCAUCUUCACGUCGCCUUCCUCUGCUAGGGAAGCCGAUGGUGACGGAGAUGGAGCUGAUAUCCUGGAGAAUGACAGGCGUGCCCACCAGAGAUCUGAACAAGCGAAGGUCAAGACAUGUGUCGCUUCGAUCAUUAAUAUGAAAAAAGUCACUCCUCGAGCUAUUGCAUAUGUCGUUUGUCACGUCCAUUUCGCUCUAUCAAGCGUCUCAUCCUGGUGCACCAUGGAUGGCGACUUCAACUACAAAGUGUUUUGGAACAACAUUGUGGACUUUUUUGAAGAAGUCCCUGGCCCUGUCACACGAUGUAAAGUGGAAAAACUUCUCGAAUGGUGGACCAGGAAGAUUGUUGGGACGAGUCAUCAUGACGACCUGACCGCAGAGGUUGUGUCCCAGAUGUCUGUCAAUGCAUUGGCCGAACAGAGGAAGAAGCUGGAGGAUGCAAUUUUUGACUCGGACUGA